AUGCACCUGUUCCAGUGCUGGAGCAUACAAGAGUCAAUCGGUCGCUUUUGGCCCUUCUUGCGCCUGAAUGACGGGGUGCUCGCCAUGGACGGGUACGUCGAAUUGAAUCUGGCCAUGCAGAAGGCCCUUGCGGAGGAGUUUCUGUUGGAACGAGCAGUAGACAGUGCCAUGGGCGACUGGAGUGAAGACGUGCAGCUAGGGCAAGAGGCGAUGACCGAGGAGGACUUUGCUAUGUUCCUUUUCGAGCUUUGCACGCUUUGGUGCGGCCCAAAUGUCUCCGUCCACGUGUACUUGCUCUUUCUCUGUGCGGUCUUCAUUGCCGUCACAGACCAUUCUGGAGCCUUCACUCUGGGGCUCCGAAGACUGGAGGACGUUGAGCGCCUCCCAGAAACCUUCUUUGAGCUGCUAAACUUGCAAGGCCCACUUGGGAGAUUUUGGCAGGCCUCACUUGCCUCAUGGCUCCAUGACAAUGUGGCAACAGAGGCGCAGCAGGCGGCAGUGCAGCAUGUGCAGCGGCAGGUCUUUCAGCUGACGCAUGAUGCGCGAUCGGUCUUCCUCUUUCAGUUGGAGGACCUGCUGAGCGAACCGAUGGACCGAUGGACCGGGCCCCCAAAGCCGGGAACGCAGAAGCCACAGGUUUUUCCACCACAGGUUCCAGGAGCCAACCAUCAUGGCAGUGGGCUCAGCGAUGCUCAGCUCACCCAGCUGGGUCUUUGUGGCAAGUCUGUCCUGUCAAGGCCUCCAGAACCACGGCCGCAGGUUUUGCCCAUUGGCCGGCUCUUUGAUACUGAGCUGGUGCAGUACCAGGGACGAGGUUUGGGUCUGGCUGGCCAAUCGGCCAUCCUGGCAGCUCGGCCAAACGUGCGGAGCAUCAUUACAGCCAGCAGUGUAGCGACAGCGGAUGGCUUACCAGGCUGGACUGACUCAGGUGCUGCGAGUAACUCACAUUCCUCGUUGAGCAAUCCGAUGUGGUCGCUUUUGAUGCUGCAGUCAUUUGCGGUUGCUUUUGACGCGCCAGGUUACAGCAUGCCCAGCGCCCCGACUACGUCCGGCCCAAGCAAGCCUCCAACUGCCACAGUCUUGGAGUCUUCAGAGGCAGGGUCUCAAGUCUUUGCAAAUGGCUGA